UAAGCAAGUACAACCACUGCCCUCCUAUUGCCAUUUCACUUAACCCCAAAGAACACUUCACCAUCUCUCUCUCAGACAGCAAAAACACAAGCAGCAACAGAGACAGUGAGCCUCGUGCCACUGGCAUGCGCUAGAAGGGAAGAUCAACAAGACCAUGUGGCCUGCAGGCGGCGAGCACCCCAUGGCCAUGGGCCGCGGCCCUGCGGCGGCGGCGCCGCACUCGCCGUGGCAGUCCCCGGUGCCGUACCUCUUCGGCGGGCUGGCCGCGAUGCUGGGGCUCAUCGCGCUGGCGCUGCUCGCCCUGGCCUGCUCCUACUGGAAGCUCUCCGGCAGCCUCCUCGCCGACGGCGAGUCGGAAGAAGGCGACGAGCGGCAGGGCGGCGCAGGGAGCCGGCGUGGCGACGGGAAGGCCGCGGCGGGCGGCGAGGCCGGGCCCGCCGGGGAUCGCUGGCGGGAGCACGUGGUGGUCAUCAUGGCCGGCGACGAGAGGCCGACGUUCCUCGCCACGCCGGCGUCGCCUUCGGUCUGGGGCCUGGACGCCGACGACCUGGCCUUGGGCGUGGGCUGCGGUGGCGGCUCCGAUGAGGGGCGGUGCGUGGAGUGCGGGGCCCGACCGCGGCCGGCCGGCGACGAGCAGAGUGAUUAUGGUGGUAGUUCUGUAAUCGGUGAGAGAUGAAAGGUCUCGUAAAAAGAGCUAGAUCCUGUUCUUGCAAAUUCUUUUGUUCCAAGAUUGCGUCUACUUUUUUUUCCGUAUAUGUAAAAAUUAGCCGGGUGCUGGAGCUGCGGAUCAUCGAGACCAUUAGCUCCAAAUGAUUCAAACUCCAAAGAGUUGGAACAAGGA